AUGCGUUCUGAAUUUAGCUCAUUUUUCUUCUAUAGUCGCUUUGCACCGAUCCGGCCAGAUAUCAGCUGGGAUAUCGUGCCAGGUCGAAUCCAGCACAUGGAAACCGUCUCUCCGAGACUCUUAAGGCCAUCCGUUCCCUUCGAAAUCCAUACCCAUGCCGAGGAUAGCUGGGGAAAUGUGAACCGAGAUCAGGCAAACUUGUCGUUUCGACUGAGAAUUCUGAAUGAAGAAUCAGAAAUUGUGCUCCAAAGAGACGUAUCUUGUCCCAGCCAAGGAUGGACUAAUACCAUAUUCUCAGAUCUGCAAUUGGCCGGGGAUGGUGAUUACACGAUUCAAACUUUCUUGCUUGCCAAAGAUGCCGAUUAUAAGGUUCAAAAUGCCGUGGUAGCCAAAGACAGCAGAGCUGUUGUGUCAAAGGUCUCGCACAUCACGGUGUCAUCCGAUCUGGCAGUCCCCAAAAUACUCUUUGGAGAUUUGCACGUACACUCUGACGAUACCGUUGGUACCGAAUCAUCCACCUACAACUUUACAUACGGACGUGAGAUCGCCGGAUUGGAUGUUCUCGGGUACACAGCCAAUGACUUUCAAAUAACAAAAGCUCGAUGGGAUGUCACAGUUGAACUGAUCAAAUCUCUCAACGAGCCUGGGAAAUUUGUCAUCUUCCCUGGUACUGAGUGGUGCGGGAACUCGGCUGCUGGUGGAGAUCACAAUAUUGUUUUCCUGGCUGAUCCAGCAACACAUGCCCCUGAAUUUCCAUUUGACCGACAUGGAAAUGUGGCUCGUUCAUUCGAAUGGUCCGAGGAUGGGCCUCAGGACCUUGUCCCUGGCACAUGGCCACUCGAUGAAGUAUAUUGCACGUAUGCUCACGAUACAGAGAACAAUCUUCUCAUUCCACAUGUUGGUGGGCGCCGUUGCAAUCUAGCCUGGCAUCACCCGAAGCUUGAGCGACUACUUGAAAUUAGCAGUGCGUGGGGUCAUUUUGAAUGGCUAAUUCGGGAUGCUGUGAAGAGAGGUUGGAAGCUUGGUGUCUCUGCAAACUCGGACGAACAUCGCGGGAGAUGUGGUGGUGGUGUUCCCGGGACAGCAGUUUUCGGUACUCGUGGUGGCUUGACUGGAAUUGUUGCUCCGCAACUUGACCGUGAGAAUGUUGCUAGUUCUCUUCGAGCUCGACACACCUUCGCCACUACGGGACAACGGCUUGUUGGGCUUUUAUCUAUGGCGGAUGGAUCGGGUGUUCAAGGCGAUGAGGUUCAGGUUCAGUCUUCACAAAAAGUGGAACUUGACUACCACUUCUUGGGUGAGCAGGGCUUCUCGUCCAUCGAGGCUUUUGAUGGUUCAGGAUUGAUCUGGAGUCGGAAUUUCUGGUCGGAGUCCAAGGAGCCGGCCACGAUCUUGCGCAUCACAUGGGGCGGAGCGAGAUUAUAUGACCGUUAUCGAGAAGCGAUCUGGAAUGGGAAGAUCACGGUUUCCGAAAAUAGUACUGUACAGUGGUUCGCACCAUUCGGAGGCUUUGAGAAUAACCGGGAAGAUCGUGUCACUAGAAAGGAUAAUCACUCUCUAUCAUUUUUGAGUAAGACGAGUGGUGAUCUGGACGGAGUCAACAUCCACUUGAAAGAUGGUAAGCUUCCAUCAACGAUCACGGUAACAGGCUCCCUCGGAGGCUAUGUGAAGGUCGGAGAUGCCCUGGCUGGAAACCCACACAAAGCCCAGCCAACUUUCAGCAUCAGCGCUUCCUUGGAGGAGGCAUUGGUAUCCAAUGGAAAACACAUUGAAAUCAAGGGUGGUGCGGACCUCUUCGUGCGCAUUGAAGCAAUUCCAGAUAUUGCCUUGCCACGUAGAGUACAAAGUCGAGCAGUAUUCCAAAGUGGCCAAGAGGGAGCCCAGUCAAUCUAUUUUGUUGGACGAGAGUGGAAUGGCACUAAAGUGGUCACCAGCCCCAUUUUCAUCAACCAUGUCUAG